AUAUUUCCCGCCAAUUCCCGCCAUUAUUUCGGUUAGCGUCGGUUCUUUUCCCAGAUUUAUAACUGAAUUACGCUCGAAUAGACGUACUUACUCGUAAAAAUGGUACGUGGAAAGGCAGGAAAACUCAAUGAUGUGAGAAGCCCCAGGGUCUCCAGAAGUAAAAGGGCCGGCAUCACUUUUUCGGUAAUUAAAGUCCACAAAUCACUGAAAAAAGGACGAUAUAGCCACAGAAUCGGAACAGGAGCUAGCGUAUACCUGGCAGCAGCUCUGGAAUAUUUAUCAGCAGAAAUUCUGGAGCUUGCCGGUAAUGCCGCAAGGGACAACAAGAAGUCCAGAAUCACACCUAGGCACAUCGAACUGGCAGUAAGGAACGACGAGGAAUUAAACAUGCUCUUUGCCAACGUAACGAUAGCCCAAGGGGGCGUGUUGCCGAACAUCCAAGACGUUUUGUUGCCCAAGAAAACCACCGUGAAGGCCAUGCAGGGCAAGUCCCAAUCACAGGAUUAUGAUUAAGUGUGGCUUAAUUUAUGUUUUUUAGUUACCAAAUGUACCUUAUACUUAAACGCUUAUAUUUCAGGUUUUUUUUUUGGUGUUUUGUAAUGUUAAGUUUUUUUUUUACUGAUUUACUCGGUUAUUACGUUAAACGUAGUUUCUUUUUUAUUUAAGUGUUUAAAAAAUGUUCAUUUUAAUAUUUUUAGGAUAAAAUUUAUUUUUGUAUCAUUAAUUAUUUGCCGAAAUACAGUUAUUUUAUAUGUA